GAGUCUCUGUCCCAUCAUGGCAGUUGACGCACCCAAAUAGUUGCUCCACCGAUUCGCCAAACCUUCACCAAAAUCAAAAGACCGAAAUCGGCCUGCGUUCUCAUUCGAUUUGUGCUCGUCAUCUGUUUGGAGGUGGGAUCAAUGGGCAAUACAUCUUCGAUGCUCACUCAGUACGACAUCGAAGAGGUUCAAGAGCACUGCGAUCAUACGUUUUCUCAGCAGGAGAUUGUCUCGCUGUAUAAGAGGUUCUGUCAGCUUGAUCGGAAUGGCUGCGGCUUCAUAUCUGGCGAUGAGUUCCUGUCCGUUCCUGAAUUUGCCGUCAAUCCUCUCACUCAGAGAUUGUUGAGGAUGCUGGAUGGAUUGAAUUUUAAAGAAUUUGUAGCAUUCUUGUCUGCAUUCAGUUCUCGGGCAAGCUUCCAACAAAAAGUGGAAUUCAUCUUCAAGGUUUAUGAUUCGGAUGGCAAUGGGAAGGUCGCAUUUAAUGAUAUGUUGGAUGUUUUACGGGAUUUGACUGGACAGUUUAUAUCUGAACGACAAAGGGAGCAAGUUCUUCUUCAUGUGCUUGAGGAAGCAGGCUACACAAAGGAUUCUUUGUUAGUUCCAUCUGAUUUUGUGAAGAUUUUGGGCAAUUCUGGUUUGGAGAUGGAGGUUGAGGUCCCAGUAGAUUAAAAUGAGGGUAAUGAUUUGAGUCAUGAUCUCUACAAUAUCUAAGCUCCGGAGCACCUGUAUUGUUUCUGAAUUGAUGCCUGUUUACAAAACUUGAUCCUGGUUGUGUUUGUAGUUUUCAUCCUGCAAUUGGGCAAAUCCUUAUGGCAUAGGGCAUCUAGUUAACCUAGUGUUCCCUUGUUAGCUAGUGAUGUACAGCUUCCGCAGUUGAAUUGGAGUGAUGGCUGACAUUUAUUUCAUAGCUACAUAUCACACUGAUACUGCUUCUUCUUAUGCUA